UGCACGCAAACGUUUCCUAUAAAAUCGUUCCUCUAUAUUCAUGCGUCACCAGUCAGUACUUCGGAACCAUGGCGGUUCUUGCAAAUCAUUCUCUUUUACUUUUCAUAGGACUCCUUUUUUCGACGACUUGUUGUCCAACAUUUGCACAUCAUGAGAAAACUAUUACCUCUCCUGAUGGAGAAAAAAUCCAGAUCAAAUAUUUACACGAGGUUAUACCAGUGGAGAAAGAACCAGAAUCAGUAGGACAGACUAUGAAGACCUCUGAGGAACUCAACACCCUAAAAACCAGAGGCAUAAAUUUCGAGGGUCUCAACAUCAACAAUGGCGGCUCCGAUGGAAAAACCAGCUUCCUCGAUAACGUUAAUGGUCUCAGUCUCUCCGGAAAAAUGCCGGAUAGACUAACUCUCACGAAUAACAAAAGGAUAGACAUCAACGACGACGAUUUGAUUCUCCGCGGCAACUCCAACAAGAAACUCCGCGUCAACGUAAUCGGCAACCAGGUUUACAUCGACGACAAACUGGUUUGCGAGGACACCCAAAAAUUAGACAAAAAGGCGACAUACCAGAAAUCCGAUGACGGAACCUUCUGGUACACUAACAUCAAAAUCGGCCAGCCCAUGUCCGAGGCUGAAAUCCAGAAAUUUGAACAGGAUAGAGCUGAAAACAUUGUUGAAAACCGUUUCAAAAAGCAAGAAAAAAGCGAUGAACCUUCGAAUUGGCCUUUCGGUGGCCCGUCAUUUUUCUCAUCCGGGGGUCAAGACUGGUUUCAAGACUUGUUCAAGGACACCAAACCAACAUCCUGGAGGGCAGGAGGGUCAGACAACGAAGGAACACCUUCAAGGGGUAGAAAACCAGCCUCGAUAAUCAGGAACAGCAAUCAAGUGAUCACCGGCAACGCCAACCACGGCUUCACCGAUGACGAUCCGAUGCCGCCACCGGUCAACGGUUCCAGGCGUAGACCACCCUUGUCGAUCAUCAACCGCAACAACGUUUUCAACGGUUUCGGCAACGGUGCUAUCAUCAGCAACGGGGGAGCUGUAUUCUCAUCGACCACACACAACUGGAUCGGUCAUCACGUCGAUGCGAACCAGGACGGGCUCGUCUUGCGAGGAAGCCUUCCAGGGGGCGACUUGGAUGUCUCGCUGAGGAACCACCAAGUCUACGUCAACGGGAAGCUGAUCGCGGAUGACGUCAGCAAGUUGGGCGAAAAGCUCUCGUACUCCAAGUCCAGUGACGGAGCUCUGUGGCAUGGGAACGUCAUCGUUGGAGAGGAGGUGACCGACAAAGCGGAGAUCGACGCCUUCGAGAAGGAGUGGACCGCGUUCCAAGCGGAAGUAGAGAGGAGGAACAGAGAGAGACAGGCGGCUAGAGAGAGACGCAUGAAGGAGAAGCAAGCGGAUGAGGAGCUUCGCAUGAAGGAGAGACUGGAGAGACAGGAGAGUAGAGAUAGACUCAGGAGGCAGAGAUCAGCUAGAAGGCAAAGAGGUUUCAGAGAUUUUUAUGGUGAAUAGAGGACAGCUCCCAGGUACAUACCCACUAUAUAUAUCGACGGCGUGAGUCCGCAAUCACAUAUCUCGUUUGCGGUGUCUGAAAAUAUCCGCCUCUAUGUUAUUUUUUUAAAGGAGAACAAAUUGACACCAUUAUUUUAAGUUCGCAGAAUUUUCUUCGCACAGCAAAGACACU